AACCUUUAAUCUUUCUGGGACAGACUCCUCCCCACUUGUCCUACACCCACUUCUGCAUUUUGGACUUUCAGUGUGAGUCAGAUUGUUUAAAGUAGUCAGGCUAACAGACUGGUCACAGGGUCUGAAAAGUGCACGAAAAAAAGCCGUGUCAAUUUCAAAAAUGAGCAACAGCCCACUUCUUGUGAAUGUGGAAAACUGGAUUGCAGAGAACCAGAAUGCUUUUCUGCCACCUGUGUGCAACAAGCUCAUGCACUUUUCCCAGUUGAAUAUCAUGUUUGUUGGAGGUCCUAAUACCAGGAAGGAUUAUCAUAUAGAGGAAGGGGAGGAGCUGUUCUUCCAGCUGAAGGGGGACAUGUGUCUGAAGGUGAUUGAAAAUGGCAAACACAAAGAUGUGCACAUCAAGGAGGGAGAGAUGUUCCUGCUGCCUGCUCGGAUCCCCCACUCCCCCCAGAGACAGGCCAACACUGUGGGACUGGUGGUGGAGAGGAGGCGGCUGCUGACUGAGACGGACUGCCUGAGGUACUAUGUGGAAAACACCACUGAUAUCCUGUUUGAGAAAUGGUUUUACUGCCAGGAUCUCGGAACCCAACUGGUGCCGGUAAUCAAAGAGUUCAUGGCAUCAAAGCAGUGUAAAACAGGACAACCUGAUCCAAAUGAAGUCUUCAGAGAGCCUCCAUUCCAAAUGAACACCAUGAACGUGAUGUCACCCUUCUCCUUUAAGGACUGGCUGGACAAACAGAGGCCGUCACUGGCCAGCAGCAGGCCCAUUGACAUGUUCGGAGCUCAGUUUGAGACAGAGGCAAUGGUGUUUGGACCUGGGCAGACAGAGACAUCAGUACGGCAAAGUGAUGUGUGGAUUUGGCAGCUGGAGGGAUCCUCAAGAGUAACUAUGAAUCAACAGUUCACUCUUUCUGCCGGUGACAGUUUACUCAUUCCUGAACAGACCCAGUACCAGUGGCAGAGAGAUGAGGGGACUGUUGCCCUGAUUGUGGUCCAAAACCCUGAGCGGAAGAGACCCUGAGCAUCACUGCCAAUUCACACACAUACAUUAAAUAUCUGUAUAUCUAGGCAGAAGAACUCAAGUCAGCACAGCUUGAGCUCAAUUAGCACACACCUACCCAGGUGGAAACUCAGAGAGUCAUAAUUGAUAAUUGAUCACAACCUUCAGUAGAAAAACUGACCCGAGUCAUCUUAUUCAGUUUGGAACAGUUGUUACAGAGACGUGAAGGAAGAGAUAGAGGACACCGAAGAUGAGGAAUAGGGAGAGGAGUAGGUGGGGGACGAGAUUCUCUGGCCUGUCCCAGACCAAAGACGUGAUGCUUGUUGUUUGGUGUGUUGUACUGUACAGUACAUUAAGGAAUAAAAAGUGUGCAAAUGUU